AGGGGGAGGAAGAUGUCUACUCUCAAACUCAGGGUCUCGAUUAUGUUAAAAAUAUUUUCAACACAUCUUGUGAUGCCAACUUUUAAUUGGUGACAGCUUUAAAACUGCGAUACAGUAAUUCCUACGGUGCCACAAAGUGCAACACGGAUACAUGUGGGAGGGCUGUGCGCACAAUAUGUCUCCUCAGUCACUCGGUUCUGACAAACAACAAAACAAGUUUCUCACAGUUUGACUUUAGAAGUAGGGAUCUGUUUUCCGUCACAUUGUUUGAAGAGUGUGAGCAACGACGUUCAGGGACUGAGAGAGGAAGAGGAAGGAAGCAGAAGUGGCCAUGUGGUGCUGAGCUUGAAAGCUUCCUGUCUGGUGAACAUUAACUGCACGUCUUGUUCCGGUGUCGUUGCAAUCAUCAUUUAGACAGGCUUUUUAUUGGACGCUGGGCAUUUUCGCAUUGUGCACAUUCUCUUGCCGUUGACAUGGCUGGAUGCUCAAAGUGACCAAACAGGUUAAUUGAAAAAAGGGGUUUUUCUAUUUGUAUAUUUACAAGGCCGUGCUGAUAUGUUUUCUGUUUGCCAUGUCAGAAGUGUCUUGGGCCCAGAGUCAAACACCCACAGAUCAAACGAUGUCUCCCACCAAACUUACGACUCCCACUGGAAACAGAACCACCACAAAUGUUGAAACCGCCCCGAAAAAUCUCCCAGACAAAACCACAUCUGGGCACAACACCCAGAACACGUCAGUCAGCUCCACCGUAUCCGAAGCAAGAACAACAGCUGUCACUCGGAAUGCAACAGAGCUUCAAACAAAGCCCAAAUCUGCUACAGUGUCACCGAUGGGGAAAACAACGGCCACAAAGAAAACUGUCUGGGAUCCAAAGUGGGAUGAACCUUUCACCUAUGAUUAUCAGUCUCUGCGAUACGCUGGCCUGAUCAUUGCCAGUGUGCUCUUCGUUAUGGGAAUUAUGAUCAUUGGCUGUGGCAAGAUCUGCCGGCUGCCCAAGUGUCACAAGAGGUCAUCAAACUCAUACCGUGUGGCCCAAGGAUAAGAAGAUGUGCAAACAAUGGCGGCCAUGGAAAGUUUCAAGAAAUUACAAAACGACUUAGUCCAUCAGCGAGAAAAACACUCGACUAACGCCUGGCAACGUGUUUGUGUGCGGACUGACGGGCUAAUUGUACUGCUUGGUAACUGUGGUGGAAGUUUGAGUAAACAAAUCUCGACUCAUGCUGAUAAAUGGAAAACCUGGACUUGUGUUCAUGUCUAUAAAACAAACUGUCCUAGAAAUUAAAUUGUCCUGAACAAGCUCACUCUGAUUUUAAUUAUGUCAAAUAUGAAACAAAUUUUUGUAAAAAAAAAAAAAGAAAAAAGUUAAUCACUAAAGGCCAUGAAUAAACAUAUUUGUACACCAAGGAAUGUUCAAUUUUUUUUCACAUAUGAGAAUUAAAACUGAAGCUGGGCAGUGCAGCAAACUCUAAAAACGGGAAAAAAAAAAAAAAA